UUGUGUUUAUUUUCACACACAGUUGCCGACUUGGUCAAAUAAAUGUCCAAAUGCGUGAGGUCCACAAGUCUCAUCUGCAGAAGACGUUUCAGCAUCUGAUUGAGGGCGUACCAAAUCAGGGAGACGCCAGACCCCUCCAUGAGAUCUACACAGAGCUCUACAUCACAGAGGGGGGAAGAGGAGAGGUCAAUGAUGAACAUGAGGUCAGACAGAUAGAGAAAACAUCCUGGAGAGAAGCAGCACGAGGCAGACCAAUCAAAUGCAGUGACAUCUUUAAACGCUUAUCUGGACAAGACAAACCCAUCAGAGUGCUGACAAAGGGAGUGGCUGGCAUUGGAAAAACAGUCUCUGUGCAGAAGUUCAUUCUGGACUGGACCGAAGGAAAGGCCAAUCAGGACGUCCACUUCAUAUUUCCUCUUCUUUUCCGAGAGCUGAACCUGAUGAGGGAAAAGAAACUCAGUCUGGUGGAUCUUAUUCAGCACUUUGUCCCUGGAAUGAAAGAUCCAACAGUCUUCAGCAGUUCACAGAACAGAGUCAUGUUUAUCUUGGAUGGUCUGGAUGAGUGUCGACUUCCUCUAGAUUUCCGCUCCAACCCGAGGUGUUGUGAUGUGACAAAGCCAGCCCCAGUGGACGUGCUGCUCACAAACCUCAUCAAGGGGAAUCUACUUCCCUCUGCUCUCCUCUGGAUCACCACCCGACCAGCAGCAGCCAAUCAGAUCCCUCCUGAGUGUGUGGACCAGGUGUCAGAAAUAAGGGGAUUCAACAACCCACAGAAAGAGGAGUACUUCAGGAAGAGAAUCAGUGAUGAGAACCUGGCCAGCAGAACCAUCACACACCUGAAGUCAUCCAGGAGCCUCUACAUCAUGUGCCACAUUCCAGUCUUCUGCUGGAUUACCGCCACUGUUGUAGAGAGAACUUCAGAUGAAUCAGGGAAAGUAGAAAUGCCAAGGACUUUGACUCAAAUGUACACACACUUCCUGAUCAUUCAGACAAGCACCAAAAAAGAAAAGUACACAGAGAGAAAAGAGACAGAUGAAGAGAUGAUCUUCAAACUGGGGAAACUGGCUUUCCAACAGCUGGAGCAGGGCAAUCUGAUCUUCUAUGAGGAAGACCUGAGAGAGUGUGGCAUUGAUGUCACAGAAGCAUCAGUGUACUCAGGAGUGUGUACUCAGAUCUUCAGAGAGGAGUCUGGGCUGUACCAGGGGAAGGUGUUCAGCUUUGUGCAUCUGAGCAUUCAGGAGUUUCUUGCAGCUUUAUAUGUGUUCCUCUCCUUCAGCAACAGAGAGAGAGACAUGCCUGACCAACAGCAAACCUCUCAGCUCUCUGGUCUGUUCAGAGCUGCAUCUCUUCAUGACCUACACAAGACUGCAGUGGAUCUGGCCUUAGAGAGUAAGAACGGACAUCUGGACCUUUUCCUCCGCUUCCUCCUGGGUCUCUCACUGGAGUCCAAUCAGAAUCUCUUGAGACACCUACUGCCACAGACAAGAAGCCAAUCACAGAGCUCAGAGCAAACAGCCCAGUUUGUCAAACAGAUGAUCAGAGAUCAGAAUAAACAGAUGAUCAGAGACCAGGAGACGUCAGACAGAAGGAGAAAUCUUUUCAGAGAUCAAAAUGAAUCACACAGAAGGAUCAACCUGUUCUACUGUCUGAAUGAGCUGAAUCAACAUGCUGUAGUGGAGGUCAUUAACAGGGGCUCAGGAGCUCUGUCUGUAGAAAUGCUCUUACCAGGAGAGUGGGAGACUAGGACAUUUAAGUUUGAGAUUUCAGAAGAGCAGCUGGAUGAGUUUGACCUGCAGAAGUACAUAAAGACACCAGAGGAAGAUCAGACCGAACUCCUCAGUCCAGAUGAUGUUCUUCAGAAGCUGCUGCCAGGGGUCACAACAGCUUUUUGCCAACUUGGUCCAAUAAAUGUCCAAAUGCAUGAGGUCCACAAGUCUCAUCUGCAGAAGAUGUUUCAGCAUCUGAUUGAAGGCGUACCAAAUCAGGGAGACGCCAGACCCCUCCAUGAGAUCUACACAGAGCUCUACAUCACACAGGGGGGAAGAGGAUGGGUCAAUGAUGAACAUGAGGUCAGACAGAUAGAGAGAGCAUCCUGGAGAGAAGCAGCACAAGACAGACCAAUCAAAUGCUGUGACAUCUUUAAACGCUUACUGGAAGAUGACAGAAGGAGAGAAGAGGAUCUUGCACUCAAAAACCUACACAGACAAGACAAACCCAAACCCAUCAGAGUGCUGACAAAGGGAGUGGCUGGCAUUGGAAAAACAGUGUCUGUGCAGAAGUUCAUUCUGGACUGGACCGAAGGAAAGGCCAAUCAGGACGUCCACUUCAUAUUUCCUCUUCUUUUCCGAGAGCUGAACCUGAUGAGGGAAAAGAAACUCUGUCUGGUGGAUCUUAUUCAGCACUUUAUCCCCAGAAUGAAAGAUCCAACAGUCUUCAGCAGUUCACAGAACAAAGUCAUGUUUAUCUUGGAUGGUCUGGAUGAGUGUCGACUUCCUCUAGAUUUCCGCUCCAACCCGAGGUGUUGUGAUGUGACAGAGCCAGCCCCAGUGGACGUGCUGCUGACAAACCUCAUCAAGGGGAAUCUGCUUCCCUCUGCUCUCCUCUGGAUCACCACCCGACCAGCAGCAGCCAAUCAGAUCCCCCCUGAGUGUGUGGACCAGGUGACAGAAAUAAGGGGAUUCAACGACCCACAGAAAGAGGAGUACUUCAGGAAGAGAAUCAGCGAUGAGAACCUGGCCAGCAGAACCAUCACACAUCUGAAGUCCUCCAGGAGCCUCUACAUCAUGUGCCACAUUCCAGUCUUCUGCUGGAUUUCAGCCAUUGUUGCAGAGAGAACUUCAGAUGAAUCAGGGAAAGUAGAAAUGCCAAGGACUUUGACUCAGAUGUACACACACUUCCUGAUCAUUCAGACAAGCACCAAAAAAGAAAAGUACACAGAGAGAAAAGAGACCGAUGAAGAGAUGAUCUUCAAACUGGGGAAACUGGCUUUCCAACAGCUGGAGCAGGGCAAUCUGAUCUUCUAUGAGGAAGACCUGAGAGAGUGUGGCAUUGAUGUCACAGAAGCAUCAGUGUACUCAGGAGUGUGUACUCAGAUCUUCAGAGAGGAGGCUGGGCUGAACCAGGUGAAGGUGUUCAGCUUUGUGCAUCUGAGUAUUCAGGAGUUUCUUGCAGCUUUAUUUGUGUUCCUCUGCUUCAGCAACAGAGAGAGAAACAUGCCUGACCAACAGCAAACCUCUCAGCUCUCUGGUCUGUUCAGAGCUGCAACUCUUCAUGACCUACACGAGACUGCAGUGGAUCUGGCCUUACAGAGUGGGAACGGACAUCUGGACCUUUUCCUCCGCUUCCUCCUGGGUCUCUCACUGGAGUCCAAUCAGAAUCUCUUGAGACACCUACUGCCACAGACAAGAAGCCAAUCACAGAGCUCAGAGCAAACAUUCCAGUAUGUUAAACACAAGAUCAGAGACCAGAGGACGUCAGACAGAAGGAUCAACCUGUUCUACUGUCUGAAUGAGCUGAAUCAACAUGCUGUAGUGGAGGUCAUUGACAGGAGCUCAGGAACUCUGUCUGUAGAUGUGCUCUUACCAGGACAGUGGAAGACUGGGACGUUUAAGUUGAAGAUUUCAGAAGAGCAGCUGGAUGAGUUUGACCUGCAGAAGUACAUAAAGACACCAGAGGAAGAUCAGACUGAACUCCUCAGUCCAGAUGAUGUUCUUCAGAAGCUGGUGCCAGUGGUCAAAACAUCCACAUCAGCUUCGUAAGUAAACUUGUAAUCU